GUGUUGCGCACUUUUCUUAAUAUUAAUUUCUAGCGAAAAAAGGUGUAAUGGACGGAAAAAAGAGGGUAAAUUUUAGUGAAGAGGAAAGAAGCGUGCUAAUUAAUCUCGUCAGUAAGUACCAAACGAUCGUGGAGAACAAACGGACGGACGGAGUCUCCUUGGAUAAAAAAAAGAAGACAUGGAAGGAGAUCACCGACGAAUACAACUGCCGGCCCGAUGUUCGAUUUCGAACUGAGGCUCAACUUCGCAAAUGCUGGGACAAUUUGAAAGAAAAGUGGAGAAAAGGAAAGGCCGACGACAUGAAGGAAGUGUUUACGACAGGAGGCGGCUGUGCGCCAGCUAGCCAGCUUACAGACGAGUUGGAGCGAGUUGGGGCUGUCGCAUCGCACAUGUCGACGCGGGUGGAGAACCCCUUUGACAGCGACCGUGGGCGCCACGCAGUCACACCCCGAUCACAGAGUACCCCGAGUGUCGUCACGUUGCUGCAGCCGAUGCAAGUGGAGACGCUUGAAUCGCCCAAUGACAGCAUCUAUGAGUGGGAUCUCCCUGCAAGCCCGAAUGAUGAAAGCAGCGAGGUGGUGUGCAUCCAAGCACAAAAUGGAGCCACCACAGCUGAGGUCGAGCUAUCGGCACAAGGAGGGCCAGCUGACCUGCAACCUGCUGUCCCACCACUGGCUUCCCCGUUACAGGCUACCCCACAAAACCCAGCUCCUGUGCAACGCAGAACGCUCGCAAAGAGGGCAGCUGUUGAAGAAGAGCUUAGCGCCCGCCUUAGCAGCGUUGAGGAAGAUAAUAAACGAAAGACGAGGGAGCACUUGCUCAAGAUGAAGCUGAUGAGAGCUGAACAUGCUCUCCAUAUGAGGCAAUCAAAACAAAUGCAUGAGCUUGACUGUGCUAGCAAAAAGGCUAAGCUCGAGCUGCUAAUGCUGAAAAUAGAUGCCGUGAAAAAAGCAAAUGCCGAAAGCCCUUUCGACGGUGUUCCUGGUCCGGAUUUGGGACUUGUUAUACCUAAAUAAAGAGAUGUUACAUAUUUUCAUGUACUGGCUGUAUAUUAUUGUGACCAUCCAUACACACCUGUACUCCGGGCUGUCUUUGCCUCCAGGAUCUUUUAGCGGCGU